UCGAGCGACGAGUCACUGAGGCGUAUAUAUUUCGGGACGCACUGUCGUGAGAUUCCCCUCCAACAGAAAGGGACAUAUAUACCUUAGUUGUACAUAGCAUUCGUAAACAUGGCCAGUUUAAAGGGAGAGUGCUUGGCGUGAUUUGGAGUCAGGCAAGGUGGUCGUGUAGGACAUUGUUGAAUAUAACCUGACAGAGGGCGGGCCGAAGAUGACGAAGUCCUAUGGAAAAGUGAAUCAGACAUUUUCAAGGAUCCUCAAAUCGUAGUCUGAUCGACAUCGGUUCCGUUCCUUUGGGUUAUCAAAUGCGAGCACUUGGAUGUUGUCGAACCCGGAUACUUGCAGCAGUUGUAACUUGUUGUUCAAAAUAUACAGCGUCACGCAGCUUACUCCGUCACCUGCAUAAGCCUUCAGGAAGAUUUGGAGGAAUCAUAUUGAACGAUUUCAACGUAAAUCGAGUACAGACCGUUCCUAGUUGGUGUAACGUUUCGGCCAAAUCCGACAUCGUCAUCGUUGUGUUAAGUGAAAGUCACGUAAAUGAGUGAAACUAUGAAAUUUCAGACCAUGUGUAAGGAUGACCUCGUGUAGACAGCCUAUAUCAGGUUUGUUACCAGGCUCGAAGAUAAAGAUGUUCUCUGGAAUUCCAAUCAGUGCCAAAAAUGUUUCAAUUGUAGUCUGCUCGACAGUGGCACCAAUCAGAUGAAUCAUCAUAUUCGAAGACUUUGUGAUUAAACCUGUUGUUGUUGCAAGUUGUUCAAAGAAUUCCGCAGUAAUUGGAUUAUUCCGUUACCUGCAUCAGUGGAGUCCUAUCGCACGGUUUCAAGGUUAAUCGAAUACAGACCGAUCCCAGUCGGUUGAACUUAACGGUCCAAAUCGUCACUGCUGUGUUGUGUUAUAUAGUCACGUGAACGAUUGAAACUAGAGAUUCUAUUUUUAGGAAGGAUUCCUUCAAGUUCUGUCCGAGGCGACAUUUUGGAUUGAGGUGAGCUGAGGAUUGUCUCUACCCUUCAGGAUUGAGUGUGGUACAAUUUUGCACAACACACGAUUUUCCUGUAAAUCGAGUACUGGGCGAUCCGCGUGACUUCAACUUUGGCCCAUUUUGAGGCAAUUCGUCCUUCUUGUGGAAUGGAAUGUGAUAGUGACGUGAUCUAGUGACUCCGUUUCAAAAAUGGAUCGCUCCAAGUGCUGGCAGAAGUGACUUUUUGGAUUGAGACCAGAUGUUGUGUCCAGAGCUAGCAAAACCUCCCCCGCCCAUCAUCAUCACGGCAAACAACAUUGAUGACGUCCUUGUCAGCACGUACCAACGUGACCCCGGAACUAGGGUGACCGUGACCUGCUUCGUGGCUCCCAGCUACACACUGAUUGGUGACAAUGUGAUCACGUGUCUUAGCAACGGCUCGUGGGACAAACCGUUGCCAAGAUGCGUUCCGACACCGAGGAGUACCCCUGCACCACCAAUCACGACCGUGACAUCUGCCACGACAGGUGACCUGACCCUCCUCCCACUCAUGGUGGGGGCGGGGCUUGCGGCGCUGGUGUUUUUGUUUCUGGCUGUACUGAUGUGUUGUGCGGCUUACUAUUGGAGACGAGGCGAUCGGAAACAAACACACCCCGAAAAAAGUUAUUUCAGAUCGCCAUCUCCUGGCACUGUGACAACUGGAAUCUACGACAGCAGGAACAUGGCCUAUGAUGACUUCUCGCGAGAAUCCUGGAGAUCACAUCCACCUCCAGCUACCAUGACAACCAUUGGAAGCAAAGAUAGACGCGCGUCACGUGACCGGUGGACGUCCAGGCAGCCCAACCCUACAUGGUUUUCCAUGCUGCCAAGGAAACACGAGGUGGUAGCGCCGUAUGUAUGAAGGCAUGUGGAGUUAUCUCCCUUUGAGAUAGAGGAUACGGGACUAAAUGAUACCGUGGUUUUACGCCGCGUUCAGCAAAUAUUCCAGCUAUAUUCACGGCGGGUCGAUGAAAGAGUAGCAGACAUCACAAAGUUAUGGCCCAUUGUGAAAGGGUGUGAUAACUGGGCUCUUCCUCUUGAAGGGACGGGGCGGGUCGAUGAAAGAGUAGCAGACAUCACAAAGUUGAAGCGCUUGCCUAAGCCACGGGUUCGAUUCCCCAAAUUGGUACAAUGUGUGAAGCCCAUUCCCGGUGUCCCCCGCCGUGAUAUUGCUGGAGUAUUGCUAAAAUCGGGAUAAAACCUCACUCACUCACUCACUCAAACUCUUGCUUGGACGAAGCCGCCAUCUUUGUCUUUAAAAAGACACCACUCCUAAAAACGGCAGUAUGUAUGUUCUGGUGAUGGAGGGACGUGGUGUAGAGAAAGUCGUGGAAUAUGGACCACGAUGCUAAUUGAGGCAGCUACAUGACACGAAAACAUGUGACACAUUCCAGCAGUGUUGCCACAUCCACCGAAGUUUCUGUUCCUUCAAUGUGUACAGGCGAGCCUGUGAAACUUGUCUGUGAGACGUUACGACGAAGAGGACAAUGGUAGAUUUGUUAUAAAAAAGGACAAAACGUUUCUCAUUCCACUGGAACUUCUUGGGAAUAAAAUAUGUAUUCUCCUUGA